UGACCCUUUGAAUUCUUUGUUCUCUGCUAAGGAAAAGUAACAGGCAUGUGAGAAAAUGAACGAGAAUAAAUACCCUCAGUGGAUGGUUGCACAGGACCAAGAGGCAACUCUGGCUGAUAAAAAGAAGCUUAGCGUUCACCGGAGCCUUCUGGAGGACGGGCUGCCCUUCCUCGAGUUCCGCGGCGCCGUCAUUUACAGCUACGAUGCCAGCGACUGCUCCCUUCUCUCUGAAGAUAUCAGGGGGAGUUUACCUGAUGGGGCUGCUGUUGGAUUUGAUAUUGAAUGGCCCCCGUCCUAUACUAAAGGAAAAAUGGCAAAAGUGGCUCUGAUCCAAAUAUGUGUGGCUGAGGAGAAAUGUUACUUGUUUCAUAUCUCUUCUAUGUCAGGUUUUCCCAAGGGACUCCAGAGACUGCUCGAGGAUGAAACAAUUAAAAAGGUUGGCGUAGGAAUUGAGGGAGAUCAAUGGAAGCUGAUGAGUGACUUUGAAAUCAAAAUGAAGAGUUUGGUGGAGCUGUCUGACCUUGCUAACGAGAAACUGAAGUGUAAGGAAAUAUGGAGUCUAAACGGACUGGUCAAACAUCUUUUUGGCAAGCAACUUCUGAAAGAUAAGUCUGUCCGCUGUAGUAAAUGGGAAGAAUUUCCAUUGAAUGAGAAGCAGAAAUUGUAUGCAGCCACAGACGCUUAUGCUGGCUUCAUCGUUUAUCAAAAACUGAAAAGCAUCAACAGCAGUGACCAGCAAAUACUUUGUGUAAGACCAGGUGAGAUGUCAGAUGGUGUAAAGGAGCGUUUGACUUCACUAGCUGAAGAAAUGGUGGAUCUGGCUUCUCAUAUCCCUGGCUCUUCUGGACAGCUUGGAAACUUGCAGAGAGUUGCAGAAAUACUUUCUGAUCUCUCAGAAAAUGUAAGUGCUUUAAGAAGCACGCUCUUUGGUGGGAACAGUUCCCCCUCUGUAUUGGAGAGGAACUGUGCGGCAKGUCCAGAGUCCACAGAUGCUGAAGCAGAAAAAGCUAAAAUAUCUGAAUUUCCUAAAAAACUGCAAGGUGACUUCAACAUCUGCUCAGAUGCUACRUUAGCUGCCUUCUGGGAGGGAGAAGGUGAUGAAGGAGAAGCAGAGAUUGACGAUGCUGAGAAGAAAGAAGGGCCUGUAGCGGCUGAUUCUAAUGACAGAGCUGGCAGAGAUGACUUCAUGUCGCUGGAUAUUACUGAGCACGAACUGCAGAUGUUGGAGCAGCAGGCUGCAAAAGACCUGCUAAAUGAGGCUGUGCCUGAGGAGGCAUCUUCCACAGAUAACGAACAAAAUAUUUCCUGUGUAAUUGAGAGUGAUGAAGAAUUGGAAAUGGAGAUGCUUAAAUCGUUAGCAGAUGUUGAUGAUUCCAAAGCAGUUUUGGCUGAUAGAGAGUCUGAUAAAACUGGGAGAAAGAUGGAAUUGAAGUUUGCUCCAGAUGUGGAUGAAGAUGAAGGCAUUGAGGAAGAAGAGGAGGAAGGUUGGGAUCCAUUGCUUCCAGCACCUGAUGACAACCAAGUUUCCUGUCUGAAGACCUACUUUGGGCAUUCCUCUUUUAAACCGGUCCAGUGGAAAGUGAUCAGUUCUGUUUUAAAAGACAGAAGAGAUAAUCUUGUCGUGAUGGCAACAGGCUACGGGAAAAGCUUGUGCUACCAGUUUCCCCCUGUUUACACUGGACAUACUGGAAUUGUCAUCUGUCCUCUUAUUUCAUUGAUGGAGGACCAAGUGCUGCAGCUAACAAUGUCAGAGAUUCCAGCCUGCUUGCUUGGAUCAGCUCAGUUGAAAAACAUCAAAGAAGACAUCAAAGCGGGUCACUACAGAGUCAUAUAUAUGACUCCGGAGUUCUGUUCAGGGAACUUAUCAUUGCUCCAGGAACUUGACCAAACGAUUGGUAUCACCCUCAUAGCUGUUGAUGAAGCUCACUGCAUAUCAGAGUGGGGACAUGACUUCAGAAGCUCCUUUAGGAGUUUGGGCUCAUUGAAGAAGGUGCUGCCCUUGGUUCCCAUCAUGGCUUUAACUGCAACUGCAAGCCCUUCGAUUAGGGAAGACAUAGUGAGGUGUCUGAACCUGAAGAAUCCCCAGGUCACGUGCACGAGUUUUGACAGACCAAACCUGUACUUAGAAGUUGGGCAGCAGAGUGGAAAUAUCCUUAGGGAUCUGAAGCAGUUUCUUAUUAGAAAAGAAAGUUCUAGGUAUGAGUUUGAAGGACCCACAAUCAUCUACUGUCCUUCAAGAAAGGCCACUGAACAAGUUGUUUCUGAGCUUGUAAAACUGAACGUGGCCUGUGGUGCAUACCAUGCCGGUAUGGGAAUCAAGGAAAGGAGAAACAUCCAUUACCAAUUUAUGAGGGAUGAAAUCCAGUGUGUUGUAGCUACGGUGGCAUUUGGAAUGGGCAUCAAUAAAGCAGAUAUCCGGAGGGUUAUUCAUUAUGGUGCCCCUAAGGAAAUGGAAUCCUAUUACCAAGAAAUCGGGCGAGCUGGUCGUGACGGGCUUCCUGCUGCUUGUCACGUACUGUGGACGUCGGCGGACUUGGUCUUAAACAGGCAUCGUCUGAACGAGAUACGCAAUGAAACAUUCCGAUUGUAUAAACUUAGGAUGGUAGCAAAAAUAGAGAAGUACCUUACCUCAAACAGCUGCAGGAGGAAAAUCAUCUUGUCUCACUUUGAAGACAGACAACUCCGCAAGGUUUCCUCGGGCAUCAUGGGCACAGACGAGUGCUGUGAUAACUGCAGGACCAGAACUUCUCGUUUUGCGACCUCCAGUGACUCAGAAGGAAAUUUAGAGGACUUUGGACAACAAGCCUUCCAGCUCAUGUCUGCAGUGAGUGCCCUGGAUGAGAAGUUUGGGAUGAAAUUGCCCAUUUUGUUUCUCCGAGGGUCUAAUUCUCAACGUUUGUCAGAAAGAUACCGAAGACACGCUCUUUUUGGUAGUGGAAAAGACAGGCCGGAGAGUUGGUGGAAAUCACUGGGCCAACAGUUGAUAAACGAGGGGUUCCUCAGAGAAGCCUCUGGGCAUAGCAAGUUUGCCACCAUAUGUGUGCUUACCCAGAAGGGUAGAAAUUGGCUUUCGAAAGCUGGAUCUGCCUCGAGUCCAAGCCUUCUCUUACAGUCUAGCGAAGACUUAAAUCUAAGGAAACCUUCUAGAAGCACUAGGCCUGCUGUGGUUUCUGAACAGCGCUCCCCGUGUGGGAAAGGAACCAAGUUGUCACCAGUCAAACAGAUGUCUUUGUAUGAAAUGUUUUCUUAUGAGAGAAAAGGGAAAACUUCACCAGGAAAAAAUGAUGCACUUAACAGGGUCUCUGGAUGCUCACCAGUCAAACCCCUUCCUUCAAAGUCUGCAGAAUCUGUUUCAUCCCAUGAAAAAGAACUGCAGACUGCCCUGUAUGGCAAGUUGUUGACAGCUAGGCAGAAGCUGGCUAAUGAGAAGGAAAUUCCUCCAGCUGUCCUGGCAACCAAUAAGAUCCUUGUGGAGAUGGCCCAGAUAAGGCCUACAACUGUUGAGAAUGUGAAGAGAAUUGAUGGUGUAUCUGAAGGAAAAUCUACCAUAUUGGCCCCUCUCCUGGCAGAAAUUAAGAUGUUUUGCCAAGUGAAUAAUUUGCAGACGGAUGUAUUCCCUAUGUCUGGAUCUAGAGAUCAGAAGAUGACGACAACUCCCCAGAAGCAUGCUAGAGUGCUUUCUCCAUCAGAGCAUGUCACAUAUGUCCUAUUCCAAGAGAAGAAUCUGUCCUUGCGGACUAUAAGUGAGAGCAGAUCUCUUCCUCUUUCUGAGGUUGGCACUCACCUGUGCCAGGCAGUGAAAGCUGGCUGCCCUGUCAAUCUGGAACGAGCAGGUUUGACUCCAGAAAUUCAACGGAUGAUUUCUGAUGUUAUCUGUAAUCCUCCCAUUGACUCAGACACAACCAAAAUUCAAGCAAUCAGGAAGCUAGUUCCUGCAGAUAUUGAAAUGUAUCUCAUCAGGAUGACUAUUGCAAUACUGGAAAAAGAGGAUGGAAGCAAACCACAGGAUGGAUCACACAACAAAAGGACCCUGGCACAGUCAAGCAGUCGGCAAGAAAGAGUGGGUGACACAAGCAGGGAAAAUGCUUUGGGGACAGAAACAAAGGCUGUAUGGAGCAUGGAUGACAACCAGCCUGGUAACAGCAAGGGAGGUGCAGCAGGUGGUCAGAUGCCCAUCACAGCAGCCUCCCGGAAAGAGCCUGCCUUCAUAAAUCUGGAUGAGGAGGAACAGCUUCCUGACUCUCAGGCAAAGAUUUCCCUUCUCCCUUUUAAGAGAAAAGUGCCUGAGUGGUUUGGAGCCCCAGGGGCAACUCUUUUAUCUGUUGAAAGUAAGAAACCAAAAGCAGCCGCAAGAAGAGGGCUUUUUAACUGAAUAUGGAUAUGAAGAAUUUUUUCUCCCCCCUUCACAUUGGGCUCCUCCUGUCCUGCUGUCCUCCCCCUGCUCCUGUAAGCCGUCUGAGAAGCAUUAACUAAAAAUUGGAUGCAUUACUUGCAUUUCUGAACUUACUGCUGUACCUUUCAGGGUGCUGAGAGAAGACACGAUGCUUCCC